AUGAGUGCAGUGCAUGGGGCAACAGUUGGUCUGAUCCGGAACCUGGCGCUGUGCCCGGCCAAUCAGGCGCCGCUGAGGGAGGCAGGUGCUAUUCCAAGAUUGGUCAACCUGCUGCUGAAGGCUCACCAGGACACACAGAGACAUGCCUCCUCCGCACAGCAGACAUACCAGGAUGGUGUUCGUAUGGAGGAAAUAGUAGAGGGUUGCACAGGAGCGCUUCACAUUCUGGCCAGAGACCACAUAAACAGGGGAGAAAUCGCCAGCAUGCAAACCAUACCUCUGUUUGUACAGCUGCUGUACUCGUAUGUGGAAAACGUGAAGCGAGUAUCAGCGGGUGUCCUGUGCGAGCUGGCCCUGGACAAACAGUCUGCAGAGCUCAUCGAUGCAGAGGGAGCCUCUGCACCCCUCAUGGAGCUGCUGCACUCCAACAACGAGGGAAUCGCCACCUACGCUGCAGCGGUGCUGUUCCGAAUUUCGGAGGACAAGAGUUCAGAUUACAGGAAGAGAGUGUCAGUGGAGCUCACACACUCACUUUUCAAACACGACCCUGCUGCCUGGGAAAUGGCCCAUACUGCAGUUCCUUUGGAGCCUACAUACCUAGCUGAUGAUGAGGCUGCAAACUGCAAACCAGAGUUGGUGGUGUUCUGUCUCGAUGACUAUAACUCCCCCCCUUAA